UUGACGUCUGCUGGUAUUUCUCUCAUCAACACCAUUAUUGUGACCAUAAAAAGACUUCAUUCCAUGAAAAUGUCAUCUUUUGAUUCCUGUAUGGCCACCUUAGUCCUGUUGCUCGUUAUUGGUGUUGCAAGUAGCUGGGCUAUGGAAGACAAGUCUAGUUCAAACACAGAGAGAAGUAUUUAUCUCACAUCUCAGGAACUCAAAGAGUUUAGGAAAACGCCCCAUUUAUUAGUUGUGUACUACUAUGUCAAACCUAUCCCAGGGCUUUUUGAGGAAUAUAUGAAACAAUUUGAACAGUCAGCAACAUAUUUGGAAGCCUACAAAAUUAAACUGGGAGUGUUCGACUGUACAUCGGAUACAUCAGGUGAAGCAAAAUGCAAGGAGGCAAAAGUAGAAAGAAAUGUUUUUGCAUAUCAACUGGGAAAACUCUUGGCAAAAAUGGAGUUGGAAACGAUGUUUGACGUCAACUCAAUUAUGUCUAAUGCUUUACAACUUGUGCUGGUGAAUCAAGUAAAUAUUAUACAGUCGAGGCUGGAGAGGCAGGCAAUGCAGAAGAAUCUGAUUGGAAAGAAAAAUCUAUUCUUUGCAUAUCCACAGGCUGUUGGGACAAAGGAGCAUCGAAUAUUUAUGGAAGUAGCCUACACCUACCAAGAUGACUAUAACUUUGCCCUAACUACAGAACUUAAGACCACUGUGGGUCUACAAGAUAGUCAGCAGGUGAAGUCCAGCCUUGCCUUGUGGGUUUUUUUCUGCUCUGAAACGACCCCUGAAGAGUUUGCUGAAUAUGGCGACUGUCUUAACAUGCAGUAUCAAGGGGAAAUAAGCCUUGCUGCUGUAGCCAAAUUCAUCAAGAACUUGCAGAAACAAGUUUUGCAUUAUGCAACCCCUGAAGAAAUCGACAAUUUGUUUUACAUUUUGGGAGAUAUACAGACUGUUUAUAUCUACACCAAUAAAGUGCUGGAGGAAAAAAUCGCACCCGUUGUUGAAUUUUUAAAAUUUAAUGUUCGUGGUUACGGAAGAGUUGUGGUUGUUGACAUGGAUACCAAAGUGUUUCUGGAUCAUGCAAAUAAACAGGGUUUCCAUGGGAAACUGCCAGCUAUUGCAGUCGCAUCACAAAAUAGAAAUGUGAGAUUCAUGAAUCCUUCAAUAGAAUGGGAACUAUCGAAUAUAAUAGAUUUCCUGUUCCCACUGAUGUUUCCACAAGAAAAUGCAACUGUACGAUACUCUCCAGAAUAUUCAUCCAAUCCACAGAUAGAAGAAGUGGAGACUGAAGAUGAUCAAGUAGCAGACGCAGUUUUUAAAAUGCAAUCUUUUGAGAUGGAGCUGGAUUUUGUUCCAGCCUUGUUCAAGUCAGAUUUUUAUAAAACAGUCCAGUCAUCUGACUUACUCUUUGUGCUCUUCUAUUUGCCAUUUGACCACGUCAGCAUGGCAUUCUUGCGUGAUUAUGGGCACGCAGCUCAGGUGCUACACAACAACUUUUCUGAUGCCAAUCUGUUGGCCAGGGUCAACUGCUAUGACGCCACUGACGUAUGCGGCCUAGAGAACAUAACCACUUACCCUGUUUUGAGGAUUUAUCAGAAAAAUAAGGACUCGCAUGAUUACAAGUGGUCAUUGGACUGGAAGUCUAUGGUCAAGGCGGUUAAACUUCUUCAGCUGCAUGUUCCAGUACUACUAAAUACAGAGGAAGACGUUGAGAUGUUCAUGCAAGGAAAAUAUCCAAAAGAUUUUUCAAAGUUUAGUCACACCUCAGUUUUACUUUUGGCUUCACAUAAUGAUAAUGAUAAAAAAGAAAUGUUUUUGGCUGCCUCAAAAGACUACUUGACAUCAGUUGUGAUAGGGAUUGUGUCUGAGGAACUGACAGAAAAAAUAGGGAAAAAAUUGGAUGCUAGUGUGCCCUCUGUUGUUGCCUACCAUCGCAGAGAUGAGUACAAACCAACCAGAAUCCUGAGAAACUUUUCUACUCAAACUUUAACAGAAUUCAUCAAAUUGUCUCAGUACACCUCCUUACCUGAAUUGACUGUGGCAAGUUUUCCAGCAUUAUUUUCUAAAAAGCUGCCACUAGCUAUUCUAUUUUUGAAUGGCUCAGACUCAACUUCUAAAUCUGUCAAAGAUAUGUUUUACAAGCUGGCUGAGACAGAACAGUUUAAUGACGUCAUAUUUUGUUGGAUGAAUGCGCAGUUGAAGACUAUUGGUUUGAAAAUUCUGUCUGAGUACACCUACACUGCCACGCUACCCAUGGUUGUUGUAGUGAACCUAAGAGAUGGUGAGGUGUACAACUACCAAGCUGAAGAACUUGUGCAAGCUGACAUUGAGGGAUGGAUGAGUAAUGUGUUCUCCCACAAAGUAGCUCCAUCAAAAAUUCUUGAGAAGGGCAAGUGGGUACCAACAAGACGAGCUUAUGAUUUCCUGGCUAUGAUUGAUAAAGACAGAAUGGUGAAAAAUGAAAGACUUUGUAUUGAAGGAAGAGAAGAAGAAGAAAUAGAUUGGUAUGGCGAAAGGUCUGAUAUUGAUAAAAAUCAAGAAGAAAAUCAUGACAAUAUUUCUGAGCGAACUGCAAAAAAUCUGCAUUCUCAGAAUAUUCCAGGCAUAGGAGAAUUACCUGGAGAUGAUGAAGAAAUUAGGAAAGAACUUUUAGAAAUUCGUAAAUCUAGGCUGUACCAUGUAAGCCCGGAACGGCUGGAGAGAUCUGCUAAACUCCAUGAUGGUGAUGCAGCUGUCAUCAAGAAAAAAGAAUCUCUUGGAGUCCAUGGUCAAAGCCAUAUAGAACUUUAACAGAUCCCUUGAACUCUGCUCAUUUAUUUUGAAUAAUUAUAAGGUUUAAGUUAUGUGAUCCUGAAGAUUUUACUUGGAACUGUGCUUAGUGUUCAUUAUAAUUUAAGUAACUAUACAGAUUAAUUUUCAAUUUACUGCUUAUAUGUUCACUUUUGAAGAUUUAGUUGUCUCAUUAGUUAUAUUGUGUACUGCAAGUAGUUUUGUAAGACAUUUUUUACUUUGCUUGUCCAGUCCUAUUUAUUAUUUUUUAUUGAGAAAACCAAACAUUUAAAUGUUUCAUAAACAAUAUAACCAGAAUAAUAUUUAAUAUUAUUUUUUUUCAUCUAUUUAUUAUUUAUUUUGUUUUUUCUGCUGUACUGUAAACUCUUUAAAGGUGAAUCUCAAUCCACAAUAAUUUUUUGAUUAUAUCAUUUUUGUUGAUUCAUUUAAUAUUUACAAUUUACACAUACUCUUUCAUGGUGUGAAAUCAACUACAUUUUCAUUUUUUUCAGCAAAAUUUUCAUUAGCUUUUUUGUGUUUAAGACUAAAUUGAAAGAAAUUUAUGAUACAACAGGCCACAAUACCAUAUGCUUUUAUUGUGUAUAGAAGUUAUUAACAAAAAAAAAACAACAGAUCUAAAAUUGUCUUCCAUGCUUAUUCCCUAAGUAAGUCCAACAAGUCUUCAAAUAUUGUUCUCUCUCUUGAAUUUUAAUGUCAAACUAAGAAACUAUUUAUAAAAUUGCUAUUUUUAAGGCCAAAGAAAUUUGUUAUUUUAAAACAUUUCAAAUAAUUGUUGAAAAUUCAUAUUUAUACCAAAGAUUCUUUUUGUGCGUGUGAAAAUAUACUCAGUUAUACUAUGAACCAAAAUAAAAUCCACAUUUGCAA